GCUGACAGUGGAAUUAGAAGCAGCAGGACCGCUGCGACUCGCCACUGUGUGCCGACAGGAGGGAUGUGACCCUCCUACAUCAACACUCCAUUCAUACACAACGCACAAGAAAGAAAAGCUGGACCAGGAGGGAGCCACAGGAGCAGGGGGGAUGAACCGUGAGGAGGCACCGGGGAAGUCUCCUGAAGACAUGUACAUCCAGCAGAAAGUGCGGGUCCUACUCAUGCUUAAGAAAAUGGGAUCAAAUCUUACACCAAGUGAAGAGGCUUUUCUCCGGAAUUAUGCAGGCGUGGUCCACACUCAGAUGAGCCAGCUACCACAGCACAGCAUUGAUCAGGGUGCGGAGGACGUGGUGAUGGCGUUUUCGCGGUCAGAGACGGAGGAUCGACGACAGUGACCAAGAGCCCACCCUCUCACUCACACCUCCUUUCUGUUGCACACAACCCACCACAGCCCAAAUGCUCAGCUCAGGAGUGGAGGAUUGACUCGGAAAGGGCCAGGAGAGGAGGGCAUCGGUCACCAACCUUGCCCUCCCUUUUUUCCCCCGUCCCUCUGUUCUGUUUUAUUUACGGGUCGCCGUGGGUUGAAGCCUUCAAGGCUGUCAGUGAAAACACUCAAAAUGUAGUUUUUUUUAAUUGGGGGGGCGGGGUGGACUUUGUAUUGGCAGUCUUGUGGUGUUGAUACUUCAUAGUCGUGUGUGUUCUGUUAGUGGACGUCAUUGGGUCAAGUCAGCAGCAGCAAAGUGUCACUCCAGGGGCCUCGUUUAUAGAAACCAGCUGCCCUUUAAAAGGUAACGAUCCCAACAUUGAUUCCUCAAUUUUAUACCUUUUAGGUUUUUUGUGUUGUUGGUCAUCACACUCACUAUAGAGGCCCAUGAGGUGUGUUUUGUUUUUUUUUACCAGCCAGUCUAAUUAUUUAGCAUAGAUGCUAAAGGGAGCAGCUGACUGAUGUCACAGCAGGGCUGCCAUUUAUCACCAGUGGUCAAUUAUGGGGUCCACAGGGUAGCCUCCAGUGAUGUAUGUGUGGAACAUUGCGUGAAGGAUUUUUUUUUUCCCUCAAUAUGUUGAUGCAGAUUUUAUAAAUGAGGCCCCACUUUCCCUUUGUGCUGCUUUAUUAAGUGUGAAUUGGAGAAAAAAAAAGAAGAGGAAAGACACUAGAAGGCACACACAGUUGGCAUAAAACAAUUAUUGUACAGAUAGUUGGGAAAAUACAAUAAUGAACUCUUGGCGUUUUUUUUUUUAAUCUGUCAAGUGAAAUUAGCACAUUGAGACAUUUGAUAAGUAGUCCUAAUUUAUUGUUUACUGAA